UCCAAAUCACUAGCAUUAACAUUCUUGUGUCACAUAUAUCAGCAAAAAAAAAAAAACAAUAUGGCUUCCAAGCUAUGUAAUCCCCUCUCAAUAUUUCUCAUUCUUUUAUCUGUCUCUAUAGCAUUUUCACAAAACACCGUUAAUAAUCCAAAUCCAAUUACACCUAUUUCACCAGGAGCAGCAUGCAAAUCCACCCCUGACCCAACCUAUUGCAAAUCCAUUCUCCCACCUCAAAACGCUAACGUUUAUGAUUAUGGUCGAUUCUCAGUCAAAAAAUCACUAUCACAAUCCCGAAAAUUCUCAGACCUAAUCAACAAAUAUCUCCAACGUCGCUCCACUCUUUCCACCACCGCUUUGCGAGCACUACAAGAUUGUCAAUCGCUCAGCGACCUCAACUUUGAUUUCCUUUCAAGCUCUUUUCAAACUGUUAACAAAACAACAAAGUUUCUUCCAAGUUUACAAGGUGAAAAUAUCCAAACAUUACUCAGCGCGAUUCUGACAAACCAACAAACUUGUUUGGAUGGUCUUAAAGACACUUCGUCAGCUUGGAGUUUUCGAAAUGGACUCACAAUUCCACUUUCUAAUGACACCAAACUCUAUAGUGUCUCUCUUGCUUUCUUUACCAAAGGUUGGGUUAAUCCCAAAACCAAUAAAACCUCGUUUCCUAAUUCCAAACACUCCAACAAAGGAUUUAAAAACGGGCGUUUGCCGCUUAAGAUGACGAGCAAAACACGCGCGAUUUAUGAGUCAGUUAGUCGGAGAAAGCUUCUUCAGAGUAAUCAAGUUGGAGAGGAUGUUGUGGUGAGAGAUAUUGUGACGGUUAGUCAAGAUGGAAGUGGAAACUUUACCACGAUUAAUGAUGCUAUUGCUGCAGCUCCAAAUAAAUCUGUUUCUAGUGAUGGAUAUUUUUUGAUCUAUGUUACUGCUGGUGUUUAUGAAGAGUAUAUUACCAUUGAUAAGAAAAAGACUUAUUUGAUGAUGAUUGGAGAUGGCAUCAACAAGACUAUUAUCACUGGCAAUCAUAGUGUUGUUGAUGGCUGGACCACAUUCGGCUCCCCAACAUUCGCUGUCGUUGGGCAAGGAUUCGUGGGUGUGAACAUGACCAUCCGUAACACAGCAGGUGCUGUUAAGCACCAAGCAGUGGCACUUAGAAACGGGGCAGAUUUAUCAACAUUUUACAGUUGCAGUUUCGAAGGGUACCAAGACACGUUAUACACACAUUCACUAAGACAAUUCUACAGAGAAUGUGACAUUUAUGGAACAGUAGAUUUCAUAUUCGGAAAUGCUAAGGUUGUUUUCCAAAAUUGUAACCUCUAUCCACGUCUUCCAAUGAGUGGACAAUUCAAUGCAAUCACUGCACAAGGAAGAACAGAUCCUAACCAAGAUACAGGUACAUCAAUCCACAACUGUACUAUUAAAGCUACUGAUGAUUUAGCUGCUAGUAAUGGUGCUGUUUCAACAUAUUUGGGAAGACCAUGGAAAGAGUAUUCUAGAACGGUUUACAUGCAAACAUUUAUGGAUAAUGUGAUUAAUGUUGCUGGGUGGCGUGCUUGGGAUGGAGAAUUUGCAUUGAGCACAUUGUAUUAUGCUGAGUUUAAUAAUAGUGGGCCAGGCUCUAGCACUGAUGGUAGAGUGACGUGGCAAGGGUAUCAUGUGAUUAAUGCCACGGAUGCAGCUAAUUUUACGGUGGCAAAUUUCUUGCUUGGUGAUGAUUGGUUGCCUCAGACAGGGGUGUCUUACACUAAUUCCUUAAUUAGUUAAUGUCUUAAUUAGACACAUACUACAUUGACACAUUCACUUUGUUCUUUUUCUUUUGGUUUUUUUUCUUCCACUAUAACUACUACUUUGUAAAAUAAGUUGGCGAUUGCUUGUGUAAAAUGUAAAUGGUCUACCAAUAUACUUGUACAUGAUCAUGCCGACUAAUGUUGAAUUAAGCAAAUUGUUUCAUUUCAUUUAAUUAAUGUGAUUUUGUUAUAAAGCAAAUUUUGAUUA